CACUCAGCGUGUGCAGCUCAGUAGCGCAGCAGCGAAGCUCCGGUGUAGGCCUGGUAGAGCCACACAGGAUAACCUGGCGUUUUUUCCCCCAGGAAACGGACUCUUUUAUACCGCGGAGAAAUAUUUCUAGCAUGGCAGAAGCGGAGUUACAAACCUUUACCUCCAUCAUGGACGCGCUGGUUCGCAUCAGUUCCAACAUGAAGAGUAUGGAACAGGAGCUGCAUUGCCCUGUGUGCGAUGAGAUGGUGAAGCAGCCCAUCCUGCUUCCAUGCCUGCACAGCGUGUGUCUGCUGUGUGCAGCUGAGGUCCUGGUGCAGAGAGGUUACUCUCCCCCAGAUCUCCCUCCAGAGCCUGUCUCACCGGCCUCCACACCUAACCAUCGCUCUCCACGUCAGGCACGCAGGCCUGCACCCAGGACCCCUGACCACCUGGAGCGGGUCAUCAGAACAGUAUGUGGGACAUACCCAGGGAGAAGGAGGAGGGAAGCAGCCCCUCCCCCCAUGCUUUUCCCCUGUCCUUCUUGUCAGCAGGACGUGGAGCUCGGGGACAGAGGACUCACCGACUGCUUCCGCAAUCUCACUCUGGAGCGCAUCGUGGAGAGGUACAGACACACAAUAAGCCUGGGCAGUGUGGCGAUUAUGUGUGGCUUCUGUAAGCCUCCCCAGUCGCUGGAGGCCACUAAAGGCUGUGCAGACUGCAAGUCAAACUUCUGCAAUGAAUGUUUUAAACUCUACCAUCCGUGGGGAACUCCUAGAGCUCAGCACGAACACAUUCUACCCACCAACAACUUCAGACCAAAGGUUUUAACAUGCACAGAGCAUGAGCAGGAGCGCCUGCAGUGGUACUGCCGUAACUGCCAAAGGUUGCUGUGCCAGCUGUGUAAGCUCCGUCGUGUCCACCACGGACAUAAAGUUUUGCCCAUAGCACAGGCCUAUCAGGCCCUCAAGGACAAGAUUAGCAAGGAGGUUAACUUCAUCCUAGCCAAUCAGGAGACGAUUGAGAAUCAGAUCUCUCAGCUGGAAGCUGCCAUCAAACAGAUGGAGGCUAACAGCGCUGUGGCUCUGCAUCAGCUGACUCAUUGCAUCCGAGAGCUUGGAACAGCCGUAGCUGAACGGCAGGGGACUCUAGCUAUCGCCUUGGAGGGAUCUCGAAGCAGAAGAGAUGAGGCCCUGUCCACUCAGAUCUUUGAGAAACAGGGGCUGAUGGAGCAUGCUGGUCUGAUGGCGUUCACCCAGGAGCUGCUCAAAGAGACAGAUGCUCCCUGUUUUGUACAAGCUGCAAGAGUAACGCACAGCAGGCUGGUUAGAGCCAUAGAAAACCUGCAGUGUUUCUCUCUGGCUGCUGAAACCUCCUUCAGAAACUUUCACCUUGAUGCAUCCAAAGAGGUCAAGCUCAUCAACAGCUUGCAGUUCAUUCAGGCCCCUCUGGCUCCCGUCAUUGACACUCAGAAGACUUUAGCUUAUGACCAGUUGUUUCUAUGCUGGCGCCUGCCUCAGGACUCGGCUCCAGCGUGGCAUUUUUCUGUUGAAUACCAGCGCAGAGCUGGUGCAACAUGGGGCGGCAUCAGCUCCCCGAACUCUUCAACACCAUGGCUGCGGCUGAAUGAGGUUAAGGGGACCAGUGCAGUGGUAGAUCGAGUGCAGAUGGACAGUGUGUACGUGCUCAGAGUAAGGGGCUGCAACAAGGCUGGGUUCGGAGAUUACAGUGAAGAGGUUUAUCUCCACACCCCACCUGCACCAGUUUUGAGUUUCUCCUUGGACUCUCGUUGGGGUUUGCAUGCCGACCGUCUGGCGCUGGGUAAAGGUCAGACUUACGCCCGAAGUGUCCCUGGCCUUUCCCUUCUCCAAGCCGCUGACCGCGCUCUCACCUCUUGUCACUUAACCUCCGACUUACUUGUGGCAGACUUGGCUGUCACUCACGGCAGACACUACUGGGCAUGCUCUGUAGAGCCUGGGUCCUACUUGGUGAAGGUCGGAGUUGGACAGGAGACAAAGCUACAAGAGUGGUUCCAUCUCCCUCAGGACAUGGCGAGUCCUCGCUGUGACCCAGACAGUGGCCAUGACAGCGAUGCUGAAGAUGGCCAGGAUUCCCCUCCCUUCUGUUUCCUCACAGUUGGCAUGGGUAAGAUCCUCCUUCCUAAAGGAAAUGGUCCCUCUCAGAGUCAGAGUGAGAGCCAUAGCCAGGCAGUACUGCACUCCCAAAGCAGCAGCUACAGCAGCAAGCAUCACUCCCACACUGCUCCCCUCCCGCCACGGCUCGGAGUCUGUUUGGACUGUGACAAAGGACAGGUUACCUUCUACGAUGCCCACUCCCUGCGUGUCUUGUGGGAGGGACACAUGGAUUGCUCCGCUCCAGUGUGUCCAGCUUUCUGUUUUAUAGGUGGAGGAGCUCUACAGCUGCAGGACCUUGUGUCCAACCGAAGCAUCGAAGAGCCUCCACCACGUAGGGUAACCAUUGAAACACGGGUAAAAAAAUUCAAAUAAAGAAAGGCAUUUAGAGCUAAAAAUGGCUGUUUAAUCUAUCUGCUCACAUUUGGUUAUUUCCAAAAUGUUAACAUACACUCAUCCCGAGCAUGAAUCUCAUCUUUAUUAUGAUUCUUAUAAAGACUUAUUUAAACUAUUCUUUUUCACAAUGGAAGAACUGAAGCAGAAUUGAGCGCAUUCUUUUGAAAGGUUUUCAAUAUAAAGUCCUCAUUUCUUUACUAUGUAUAUUAUUUUAUAUUUUUCUCCCCUGAUUUAUCUAUUCCAUAACCAGUUUUGAUGGUUAUUCAAGGUCAUUGUCCAGAAUGAGAACCCAACAUUGUCUAAGUUUCUCUUAUCUGAUCCAAAACAGAGGAAGUUGUUUAUAAUUUUCAGAAAACUGUCAGGGUUGGUGGAUUUUUUGUGGAUCCAAUUGCAGAGUUGAGGAAGCAGUUUUUGCAGUUUUAAUGGUGAAGUAGAUGGUAAAAAAAACAUAAAUCCAGAAAUAACAGGCUGGGAACAAAAGCUAGAGAUGCUCAGGAGAAAACAUACAAGAAGAAAUUAAGAGAAUCCAGCGCAGAGGAACUGCAGCAGAGGAGUAUAUAUGGGAGUCAGAACAAGGAGUGAAGUAAUCAGUUAAUUGGGAGCAGGUGUGGACAGAAGCAGCAAGAAAGGAGCUAAGGGGAAAAGAAAGGGGCACCAGGGGGCAACAAAGAGUAAAAAGGGAAAACAAGGUUUAACUGUAACUACA